AUGGAGUUCUACCAGACCCUGUGUCUUCUCGUUUCCCUCUCUGCACAAGCAUUGCUCGACCUCCCUUUCACAACAGCACAGUCAUGUCAUCCUGUCCAAAGCAAUGCCUUACUUCAGUUCAGCAAUUCUCUCACAGUGAAAACUGAUAUGUACCCACACUGUGAUCCGAAGACGACUAGAUGGGAGAACGGCCAGGACUGCUGCUUGUGGGACGGCGUCGCCUGUGACAAUGUGACGGGUAAUGUUAUCGGCCUUGAUCUUUCAUUCAGCUGUCUUCAGGGAACCCUCCAUCCUGACAGCUCACUCUUUGCGCUUCGCCAUCUUCAGAGCCUCAACCUUGGUGCUAACAAUUUCCUUACCUCACCCAUUUUGCCCGAACUAAGUGUGUUCACUGAUCUGAGGCACCUCAAUCUCACUUACUCGAAUUUUUCAGGUCUAGUUCCUACCGAAAUUUCUUACCUUUCUAAACUUGUUUUACUUGAUCUCUCUCAAACCUUUAAUGGUACAAGUACAUAUGCCCCAUCAGGUCUUAGGAUCGAAAAUACGGAUUUCAAAGUGCUUGUUCAGAAUUUGACAGAGUUGAGGGUACUCAAACUUGAUCUAGUAGACAUGUCCGCUGUUUCGCCUAGUUCCUUCGUGAAUCUGUCAUCCUCCUUGACCAUCUUCAGUGCGUCUAGCUGCCAUUUACAAGGGGAACUUCCGCCCAACAUUUUCAGCUUGCCAAACCUCCUUGAUCUCGAUUUGCAAUCCAACGAUAUCACGGUUUCUUUUCCGAAGUCCAACUGGAGCAAGUCUGUUGAAUCCUUAACCCUCUCGUAUACAAACAUCUCAGGCAAAAUACCUGAUUCAAUCAGUGAAUUGAAGAAUUUAAAAACUCUGGCUCUCCGUAGCUGCAUGUUGAUUGGAUCGAUUCCCUCAUCCCUUGUGAAUUUAACAGAAUUGACCAGGUUGGACCUUUGGAACAAUGAAUUAACGGGUCAUCCCCCGUCAUUUGUUGGAAAGCUUGAACGACUCAUCCAUUUAGACCUUUUUUAUAAUAAUUUUAUUGGUGUUUUAGACUUCAGAGUCUUUUCAACACUGAAAAAUCUGCAAUUCCUUGGUCUUACAGUAGAGCUAAAUCUAGAUUCCAACAGUACGAACUACAUAUUUUCAGAGCUUGAGAUUUUGGAGUUGUCUUCCUGUAACUUGAUCGAGUUUCCGUCUUUUCUGAACUCUUCAAGAAAGCUAAGACAAUUGAAUCUCUCCAAAAACAAGAUCAGCGGUCGGAUACCGAGAUGGUUUUGGGAUUUGGCGAAAGAUACACUAUCGAUUCUUGAUAUUUCUAGUAACCUUAUUGAGGGAGACAUACCACAAUUUCCCUGGAAAGAGUUGGCCGUUGUCGAUCUUAGUGAUAACUUAUUCCAGGGACCGCUGCCAACUCCACCACUCCCUACGUUCUUCUUUUCGGCCAGCUACAACCGCUUCAGUGGAGAGAUUCCAUCUUCCUUUUGCAAAUUAAGCUCCCUCAGACUUCUACGAUUGGCUAAUAACAAUCUCUCUGGCUCUAUUCCACAUUGUUUGGGAAACUUAACCGAGCUCUCUGUACUAGACUUGGGUGCAAAUAAGUUUGAAGGGACAUUACCGCGGUCUUUGAACAAUUGUGCAUUACUGGGGCAGCUAAACGUCAGUUACAACAAAAUCAAUGAUACUUUUCCGAAGUGGUUGCUAGAAGCAGAAUUUUUGUCGAGCUUUGAUCUGCAGUUCAACGAAUUCCAUGGCCAAAUCGAUCCUCCAACCGAUCCAUUUCUUCGCCCCAGCCUUCGGAGUUUUUCCAUAGCUAACAUAAUUUGA